AUGGCGAUGUUCAUGUGGAUCUCCAUCAUUUCCUUGUUGGCAGGGUUCCAAACUCUCAAUGCCUGCUCCGGUGGAGGAGGAGGUGGAGGAGGAGGAGGAGGAGGAGGAGGAGGAGGAGGAGGAGAUGGAGGCUACCAGCCGACAGAACGACCCGAGCUCACCAUUCAUCCUACAGCCCUCUACAUUGUGUCUAAUCCUUGCGGUUCGAUUACUAUUCCCGGUGUUGAGACCAUUCGACUGGUUCCUGGUCCCAUGCCGGACAUGCCCAACUCGACUCCAGGCAUUUCCAGAUCACGGGUGUGUCAACUGCCUGCUAUGGCUGAUUCAUCAUCUGGGAUAACAGGCAUCUCAACAACCGAGGCGCCGACCUCGACAACCAUCUCGUCGACGUCAGUUUGGACUACGAUGGCCACAUUCGUAGGCUAUUCGACGCCGCCAAUGAAUGAGACAACGACAAUGUAUGAGACAACGACACCUCUGAAUAUCUUCGGCGAAGGUAUGCAAAUGUUCGUCCUGGACAACGUGAACCGGGCAAUCUUCUAUGGUGGUGGGGAUCUCCAGUUUUCGACCCUGUUCACCUUCCCUGAGCACGAGGAUCCCACGGGGGUCACAAUAGACACUUCUGGUUUCCGGGUGUUCUGGACAGAUCUGAAGACCGACCUAAUCCACGGAGCGUCCCUUUAUGGUACACACCCUAGGAUAUAUUCUGUGGGAUUGUACGAAGUCGACUUCGGUGCAUGUCAAUUAGGACGAAUACCAUAG